UACAAGAUUUUACAGGAAUCAGAGCUCGUGCACAGACAACAGACUGCAGUGACAGUGUAGCAACCUGUCAGCUCAGUUUGGUCGCUUCCCGCCACGUCGUGUACGGCUAUAGCGGUGCCAUGCGGCGACCUACUGUCGUGCACCUGAGUACGAGUAGUACAAAGAUCAUUAAGCAGAACGAUCCAAGAGUCUCUCAUUAUUUAAUCCGCGGAUUACUUCAGUGCAGUGGCGAAGUAGUUGCAGUCUGCGGAGCGCAGCAGCGAGCUUCACAUUCGCGUCAGUUGUCUAGCAUGGCCGACGCCAACAAGCGCAUCAAUCUCGCCGCGCCGCUCCUCUCCAUCCGGCGCCACGGUGGCGGUGGCGCUGAGACCGCAGCCACGGGGUUGCCGCCGGCCUACAAGGCGGACGCCACGUCGGAGCCCCCGGGCCACCACACCAGCGCGGUGCCAUUCGGGUGGGAGCACCGCCCCGGCCACCCCAAGAGCGUCCGCACCCGCCGCCCGCCGCCGCCGCCGGCCCCACCACCUCCCUUGACGAUCGUCAACGACGUCGAUGAGCCCUCGCGCGUGACGCGGAGUCCGGCGGCGGUGGGCGUGGCCUCUGACUCUGUGCGCGCGCGGCGGGGCGAGGAGCGGCGCUCCGACGCGCUCUCCCGCGACGACGUGAGCUGCGUCACCGUGAACUGCAGCGCGACCGGCAUCAGCGACGCCGCGGGGACUGGGGCGGGGUCGGGGUCAGGGCCGUGCGCCCGCCGCAGCGGCAGCGUCAUGAUGGACCGGUUCCUGCCGGCCGCGCACGCCGUGGCCGCCGGAUCCCCGCAGAGCACGUUCCGGAAGGCGGCGUCGGGCCGGGCGGCUGUGGUGCUAGGCGCGCGCACGGCCGCCGGUGGCGACAACAGGGUGCCAGCGCAAAGGCGGGUGCCCCUUCAGCACAUUGCGGCGUACCACCUGCCGCCCCUACCUCCCAGUGGCAAGAACAACGACGACGACGACGAUGACGACAAUUCCGACGCGCACAGCACGGCGGGCUUCGCGUCCAAGAGGUGCGGGCUGCUCUCAACCCCGUGCGUGAUGAGCGCCUUGCUGCUAUCCCGCGUCGCGCGGCGAGGUGCAGGCACACCGUUCCAGUCCGACGGCGGCGGAAGCCGACGACAAAGGAAUCCACUGCUGCCGCGCUCGCGUAACGGUCAGCAGCAGCAGCAGCUCCAGCAUCCCGGAGACGAUCACGGCAUGAUCUCGCAGCAAUCCUGGGAGGAAGUGUACAUCAAGUCACUGCUCCGAUCAUCAGGCCCCGGCGCCGGCGGCCUGAUGGGACCGGCGGCCGCCGUGGCCUCGGAGCUGGACAGAACAGUGCGCGAACUGUACAAACGCCGAGACGGGCAAGCCGUCCGCCCGAAGGCGAGCCAUCUGGGUUUGCUCCUGGUCCUCGACAGGUCAAACGAGGCUUGCGGCCACGUUUCGCCGGCGCGGAAGCUCUCCAGAACCGGCGACACCGCGUUGCUUCUGAAGAAGGCUACUACCAAAAGCUCGCCGGACGGCGGCGAGAAGCAGCUGGGACGUGAGCGUGACGCGGGCGCCGAUGCCGGCGGCGGCGGGUACGGUUUCCCGCUGCUUCUGGAAGACAAGGAGGCCGUUGCCGGACGUGAGAUGGCGCUGUCGCCGCAGCCGCUGCUCCCGUUGCCGUUGCCCCAGUCGCCUACGGAGUCGUGGCUCUCGCGCGCGCUGCCUUCCGUGUCCACUCGACCUCCCGCGACGUCUUUUUUGGGACUCCAUGUGCAGCCCAAGAAACGUGCUCCGUUGCCGUGGUGCUCCAUUGAUUCCAGCAGGGACGUCCAUCGUGACAGGCAACGGCAAAUUCGCGUACACGAUCUACAGAAAUGACGGAAGCUACCCUGACCAUGCCAACUGUUAGCGAGCGGCUCCUGGUUGUUUUAUUCUACUAGUGAUGGAUAUGUAGGAAUGGAUAAGUUGUAGUGAUGGGUUCUUUAGCAAUCUCCAAGGGCAUGUAGCAUGAUUCUAUUUCUAUCUAUAUAGAUGGAGCACUUGGUAAUUUAAUGACAACGUAAUUUAAUCAUGCA